AUGAAAAUGUCAAUACCAAAAGUGUGUAUAGUAACUGGUUCAAGUUCAGGUCUUGGAUUUCUUACAGCUAAGAAAUUAGUGGCGAAAGAUUUUCAUGUUAUUUUUGCAUGUCGUGAUGAAGUUAAAACAAUGUCAUUACUUCAAAAAAUGAAAGAAGAAUCAGGAAGAUCAAAUUUUGAAUUUAUGGAAUUAGAUCUCAGCUCAUUCGAUUCCAUCAGACGAUUUGUCGAUGACUUCCACAACAAAAAAUUACCGCUCAAUUUAUUGAUAAACAAUGCUGGAGUUCAUUGCAAAACUUUCAAGAAGUCGAAUGAUGGAAUUGAAUAUUCUUUUGCAGUUAACCAUCUAGGACAUUUUUUACUUACAAAUCUUCUUUUGGACGAUUUGAAACGUUCAUCUCCUUCAAGAAUAGUCAUUGUUUCAUCAAAACUUCAUAAUCCAAAUGUACGACAUGGAAAUCCUCCAAAUUUCAAAUGGAACUUAGACGAGAUUAAUAAUGAGAUGGAAUAUGAUGGAAUGAUUGCUUACAAGAAUUCAAAACUGGCUAAUGUUUGGUUUUCGUACGAAUUAGCUCGAAGAUUAGAAAAUACAGGAAUUGAUGUUAUUGUUAUUUGUCCAGGUUUCGUUCCAACUACAGGUCUACAUAGAGAUGUAAACAUUUUUCAGAGAUAUUUUAUGUAUUAUAUAUUGUCUCUAUUUCCAUUUGCACGAACUGAAGAUUUUGGUAGUGAAUGCGAAGUAUUUGCUGCAAUAUCUGACACUCUUAAUGGUAAAACUGGAGUAUUUAUGUCUGAUAUGAAAGAAACACGUUCAAGCGAAGAAUCGUACAAUGUGGAGAAAGCCAAACGAUUAUGGGAUUUAAGUGAACAGUGGACACAUCAAAAUAUUUGA